AUGAAGGAUCCGGUGGCGAAGAUCACCACAAAAGUCGAGACAUAUAACGACUUCGUAAACGCAACGAUAACCCGAUCGGACAACAAAUGUCGACGAAUGAUACAAAUGUGUAAAACUAUCGAUGAGUUCAAGGAGUUGUGCGAAGACGACAAAAUUAUUUUACUAAAGGCCUCGUGUCCUGAGAUUAUUUGCUUGCUUUCUGUACUCACCUUUGAUUUUGAUGGCGAGUUCUGGACCGUUGUCACUGACUCCGAAAAUGCGGUUAUAUUACCGUUAGAUUUACUAAAGUUUGGGAAGUGGAACCUCUAUGGAAUACAUAAGCAGUUUAUGUAUACCGUGAAAGGGGAAUAUGAUUCCGAUAUAAAUCUUAUUGAUUUGUUAAUGGCAAUCAUACUCUUCAACCCGAAUCGACCCAAUUUGAAACAGAAAGAUAUCAUUAAUCUCCAACAACAGACUUACAUGUAUUUACUUCAACGCUAUUUGGAGCUAAAACACAGCUCUAAGAGUGAAUCCGAGACCCGAUUCCUGAGAUUAAUGAGUUGUCUGAAUGUGUUAUAUAUCAUGAAUCAGAUUCUAAUUUAA